UUGUUCUAAAAGUUUAUAUAUUCAGUAUACGAUUUUAAAUUCGAUACCCACUUUCGAGAUAUAAUGGCGUCGUACGUACAACGCAGUUUAACCACUUAACGUCAAUAUUGUUAUUAUGUUCUUUAAGUGAUUAAAUAUUAGAAAUUAAUAAAGAUACGAUAAACCUAUAAGCAAAUUGUUGAAGACUAUAAAGAUCUUAUCGAUUUUAAAUAUUUAAGCAAAUAAUUGUUGAGUGUUCUAACCUAUCUCAGUGUGUUAGUGCAUCAUACAUAUAUCUUAUAUUCAUGAUAUCCAUGUUUGAUGUUUCUAUUCAGACAAUAUAAACCUGUGCAAAAAAAAAUGCAUACAACUGGAGAUUUUGUUUUGCACGGUGGUAGUGCAGAAUUUGCAAACAAACAAAAAUUAUUGUUUGAUAAAUUAUCAGAUGCAGAACAAGAAUGUAGUAAAAAUAAAAUGAUUACUGAAUCUACAGAAUCUACACAGGAUAUUGACAGCGAAUCAAACUAUUCUCAAAUCCUGAGAGCUGGUCGUAAAAGUCAAACAAGAAGAUUUCGUGGUAAAGAGAGUAUCUUUAAACGGCCAGAAGGCCCAGCACCACGUGCUAUCAGUAGAAACAUACCAGACUUUCACAAAAAUCCUCAUAAGUGGAAGAAAUACAGUCUGGACGAUGUGUCCAAUGAUGAUAUGACUGAGGAAAGUAAUACAAGAGCUGCAUUAUCAUUUUUAAAGGAAUUGAAGGCAAGAAGAUCAGUGGAAAAAAUAGAAGAAUCAGAGGGAAAGGAUGCAAAUGAAUCUAAUUUGGUUAAGAGGAGUCAACCCAAAAUAACGUUUAAAUCCAAGAAACAAAAAAUAUCAAACGCAGAAGUUGAAUUUAAGAAACCAGAAAGUAACACAAAUGAAACAGACAAUACAUCAGUUAUCAUUGAAAAUGAUGAUAAGCCAAUCUUUAGGAGUAGUAAAAUUAUUAUGCCAGAAUACGUUGUUGGUCAAAAAAAGAAGAAAAAGAAAAAUAAAGAAAUACAUCUUGUGAAAAUAGAUAGAACAAAACAACUUAAACUAGAUCAUUUACAAGAACCUGAUGAAGAGGAAAAUUGAAUAUAUAUAUAUAUAUAUAUAUAUAUAUAUAUAUAUAUAUAUAUAUUCAAU